GAAAAAAAAGCGCACCAACUCCGACAACCUCUUUUGUUAAUUUGUUUUCCUUCUCUCUCCAGCACUGCAAGUCUGCAAUGUCAUCAUCCUUAUGCUAACCUCACCUUUAUCUUUAUUCUUCUUCCCUUUCUUUGCAGCUCAGCGCUAAGCUAACCCAAAUCUCAAUUUUCAACCUCACUUGCUUUCAUCUUCUAAGAUUUUCCCGUCAACAACUUUUCAGUUUACGCACCGAAAUCUAUUUCUUGUUUCUUUUUUUCGGUGACUGAAAUUUUUGGUCAUUGAUCCAAUUUCUUCCAUAUCCUUCUAUGUCCACUCAAACAGAUUCCUCCUCCUCCUCUUCUUCUUCUUCUUCUUCUUUGAAAUACGAUGUGUUCCUUAGUUUUUGCAGAGUUGACACCUGCAAGAAUUUUACAGACCAUCUAUAUAUUGCUUUGAGACAAAAGGGUAUUAUCACCUUCAGGGAUGAUGAUGAGAUACUUGAGCAAGGAAAGUAUAUUUCUUCACAGCUCUUGAAAGCAAUAGAAGAGUCCAAGUAUGCAAUCAUCGUUCUCUCAACAAACUAUGCUUCUUCAAGGUGGUGCUUGGUUCAACUAGCUAAGAUUGUUGAAUGCAUAGAAGAGACCAAGUUGACAGUUUUGCCCAUCUUUUACCAUGUUGAUUCCUCUGAUGUACGAAACCAGACAGGUACUCUUGCUGAAGCCUUUGAGAAGCAUGAAAAAGAUCCCAAGAUUAACAAAGAGGAUGUGCAAGCAUGGAAAGCUGCUUUGAAAGAAGUGGGCAAUAUCUCUGGAUGGGAUUUACAUGAUAGGCAUGAAUCAAUAAUUAUCCAAGAGAUCCUUGAAAGGAUAUCUAGUGAAUUGAAUCUUAUAUUUCAAAAUACCAUUUCCAAGGAACUUGUUGGAAUAGAAUCCCGUGUGAUGGAAAUGUUGGAUUUAUAUUUAGUUGAAGGGUCGGGUGGUGUUCGCUUUGUUGGGAUUUGCGGGAUGGGUGGAAUGGGUAAAACAACUCUUGCACAAGAAAUUUAUGAAAGAAUUUCAGGCAGCUUUGAAGCUAGCAGCUUUAUAGCUGAUGUAAGAGAAAAAACUAAAAAUCAUCAUCUAGUUUCUUUACAACAACAACUUCUUUCUAACAUCCUUAAGGGAAGUAGAAAAAAUAUAUCGAAUGUUUUUGAGGGGAUCAAUGUUAUAGGGAAUAGACUACGUAAUAAAAAGGUUCUUAUUGUUCUUGAUGAUGUGGAUGGAGAAGAACAACUAGAAGCAUUAGUUGGGAACCAUGAUUGGUUUGGUUCAGGGAGUAGAAUAAUUGUAACAAGUAGGGAUAGCCACUUGUUGAGAAGACGUGGUAUGGAUGAUAUAUAUACAGUCAAGGGAUUGAAUAACAACGAUGCUUUGCGGCUUUUUAGUUGGAGGGCUUUCAAGAAACCCUAUCCUGAAGAAAAUUAUGUGGAUUUGUCUAAGGACUUGGUGAAUUAUGCCAAUGGCCUUCCUUUGGCUCUUAAAGUUUUAGGUUCUUUGUUGUUUGAAAAAAGAAUAGAUGAAUGGAAAAGUGCCUUAUAUAAACUAAAACAAAAACCUGAUAGAAACAUUGUAAAUAUACUUCAAAUAAGUUUCGAUUGUCUGAUGGAUACCCAAAAAGAUUUGUUUUUGGAUAUUGCAUGUUUUUUCAAAGGAGAGAAGAAAGACUGCAUAAGAGAUAUACUAGAAAGUUUUGGAUACUAUCCAAACUACAAUAUUGAUGUUCUUAUGGACAAAUCGCUCAUAACCAUUAAUAGAGAGGGAACUUUGUUGAUGCAUGAUUUGCUACAAGAAAUGGGUCAAGAAAUUGUUCGUCGUGAAUCCCCUGAAGAGCCCGGUCGUCAAAGUAGGUUAUGGGUUUGUGAGGAUGUCCUUCAUAUAUUGAAAAAUAAUACUGGAACAGAGGUUGUUGAAGGCAUAAUGCUAAACAUGCCUAUUGAAGCAAAGGAACACUUGAGUGCUGAAGCCUUUUCAAAGAUGCAAAAUUUGAGAUUGCUUAAAAUUAAUAAUGUGAAACCUCCACAAGGCCUUAAUAGAGGUCAUGUCCAACUUCCACAAGGCCUCAGUUAUCUUUCUAACAAGUUAUGUGCUAUAGAUUGGCAUGGAUAUCCCUUAAAAUCUAUGCCAACCAGUUUCCAGCCAAACAAACUUGUUGAAUUGAGAAUGCAUUGCAGCGGCAUCAAAAAACUAUGGAAAGGAAUCAUGAUUUUAAACGAGUUAAAACUCAUUGACUUGAGUGACUCUCAAAAUUUGAUUGAGAUCCCGGACCUUAGUGGAAUCCCAAAGCUUAAGCAACUAAUUCUUCGACGUUGUACAAGGCUAUAUACGAUUUGUGCAUCUCUUGGAGAUCUCAAACAGCUUAUUCAACUGGAUUUGAAUGGUUGCAAGUGUCUCAAAAGCCUUCCUCACAAGAUCAACUUGGAAGCUCUUGAAAUUAUUGAUCUUGGCGGUUGUUCAAGGCUAAAGAAAUUUCCGGAGAUUACAGGAAAUAUGUCACGAUUGUCAGAACUUUGUUUGAGUGAGACUGUUAUAAAGGAUCUGUCAUUAUUAUUGGAACAUUUAACCAACCUUACUAAAUUGGAUCUAAGAGGGUGCAAAAACCUUUCAAGUCUUCCUAAUGCAAUAUGUAGUUUGAUGUCUCUAAAAACUCUUAAUUUAUCUGGCUGUUCAAGACUUGACAAAUUGCCAAAGAACUUGGGAAAUGUUGAGGGCCUAGAGGUGUUAAAUGUGAGUGGAACUGGUAUAAGAGGGCUACCUUCAUCCAUCAUUCUCUUAAAAAAUCUCCAAAAUCUAUCUUUUAGUGGAUGUGAUUUUCUAUUAUCUAAACCAUCCAAUAAGCUCCUCAAUUUUCCUCUAUUGCAAAGGGGCCCAGAUGCCAUGGGCAUGUUAAUGCAUACUUUAUCAAGCUUAUCCUCUUUGAGAUAUCUUAAUCUAAGCUAUUGCAAUCUUCGGGCAGUCCCUGAUGUUAUUGGCUGUUUGUCCUCUUUAACUUCUUUACAGCUAAAGGGAAAUAAUUUCGUUAGUCUUCCUAAAAAUAUCAUUCAAUUAUCUCAUCUGAAAACUCUUUAUUUGUGUGGUUGCAUGGAUCUUCGAUUGUUGCCCGAGCUUCCAUUGAAUAUUAUGUAUAUUAAUGCUGAUGGUUGUAUGUCAUUCGAAACAUUACCCAUAAGACCAGAAGAUGAUUUUCGUCCUUGUCUCUCUUUUCGUAACUGCAUCAAAUUGAUCGACAGUCAAGGUUACGAUGACAUGUUCUUAACAAUGCUAAGACGUUACAUUCAGGGAGCAUAUUUGGGUUAUGAAUUUUUUCUUAUUCCUGGAAGUGAAAUUCCGAAAUGGUUUAGCCAUCAAAGUGUGGGGAAUUCACUUAAUCUGCAAGGGCCUUUAGAUUUUAUGGGAAUUGUUGUGUGUGCUGUUUUUAUAUUUCGCAAGCAUUGUCCGCUUCCCACAACCCCUUGGGGAUUUACACAUUAUCUUCAUUUUUCCUAUUAUGUUAUGGGAUCUGAAAUUUCUGAUAGCCAUGGCAUUAUUUUUUACGAACAAUCUGGUAAGAUGGGUUCAUCUCACCUUUUGUUGAAAUAUUUUCCCUUCGAGAAUUUCCAAGGGAAAUCAGGCAACAAAUUGAGUCAAAUCGAUGCUAAUGGAUUUAGUCAAAUUGAUGUUCAAAUUGAAACUGAAGGUCCAGGCUUGGAGGUGACGAAAUGUGGGGCCCGUUUGGUAUACAAGCAAGACAUUGAAGAUCUCAAACAAACUAUGGCUGGGAGCAGCAGGUGCAGCAUCAAUCCUUAUGAGGAUGAUCUUGAUGAUUCAGCAAAAGAUACAAAAAUUAAGCGCAGUUGUGAUGACUUUCAUGGGGAUGAGGCUGGACCUAGUGGAGAAGCUACCAAUAGUGAAGUAGACAUACCACACCCAAGGAGGAUACGGCUUCCUAAUCUAAUUGAAAGAUUCAUUCCACAUUUGGGAAAUUGGAUUGGGAUCUCAAGCACACAAGAAGAAGGUGACUCUGAUUGUGAGGAAGAGAAAUCCCAAUAAAAUUGAUAGAUUUGAUGAAUCUGCGAGGCUGAUACAAUAUUUUUCUCUCGAUUUUUUUCUUUGUGACUAAUUGGCGACCUUCUUGUGGAUUUGUCUGUCACAUUAAGCUUCAGAAAAUUCUUAGGUAUUAAGCUUCUAGACAGUUAUAUUUAAUCAAGGUAGGUUGAGCAAGUGGACAUUCUUUCCAAUUAAAUUAUCUGAUAUUCAUGCUGUUCGACUCAAAAAAUGCUUGUGGCUCAACAUACCCUUAAUAGAAGGACACUUGUGGUUCGAGUUACUACCCCAAAGGCAAGUUCUGUUCCUAGCUUAAAAGAAUUCUUACUUUACAUGUAUUACCCACAUGUUGAUACCUCCUGUAUUAUGUUUCAAAUCUUUGGUUUUUCAUUUUUAUGUUUCCAUUGUCUUGUGAUAUAAUUUUCUACAAGGGAAAAAAAUGAGACAGCAAUUAUAUGCUUGGUCCUUGUGAGUAUUUGGUUGAACUUUGAAUAAUUGUAAAUUAUGUUGCUUGGUCCUUGUGAUCAAGUGUUAAGACUUAUAUCUAUGUGGAUGACUUGUUGCCUAAUGUCUUCACUUUUGGUAUGUUGAUGUUAUAUUUGUGAGGAGCUCUUGAGUGUCUUCAAAUAUAGUAAUUUUGGUGGAACAACCAGAAUACCCCAUGUUAACUUAUAAAAUUCACCUUCCAUGCUCUUGAAGCCGACUCAUCGGUAUCUGUCAUGACCAAUUUGUUACAAAGAUCAAUUAAGUUGCCUCUUACUAGAUAACUUUCUCUUAUUGUUUUUUAAUAUUCCUAUAUACUAUGUCAAUGACAGUGAGUUUAUUCAAAAGAGAGUAUAAAACAUAUAAUGCUAAAGAAAAAGCUAGCCAUGAUUGUUCCUCUAUUAUUGAUACAUUAAUAAACACAACUUAGAAAGAAAAAAGCAGUACAAAAUACCAAAAUAGUACCACGAUCUAUGAAGGCAUAUAAUCCCCAUGGAGCAUCUUAGCAGUGAGUGCACUGCUCUUAGCCAAAAAACUCACCUGCCCUUUACAGUAGAUUGGACAAAUUAUAUCUACACUGGCCUGCUUAAAAUAUGAAUCCAUUGAGCCCAAGAGUAUAAGCUCAGUAUGUUUCUAUGCUGAAAACUUGUACCAAGUGUUGAUCAUAUGCAUUGAAACGUUUCUUUAUCUUAUGGGAAAAUGGCCUAUUGCAACGGAAUUUGUAAGUUUUUUAUCGCUCAACAUUCUGUGGGAGUUUUAAGAAAAACUCCA